AUGGCAGGCGAGGAUUAUGAUCGAAAUAGUUUGGUUAAUCGUAACUUACCUCAGAUGCAGCUAGUAAGCAGCUUCAACUGUAGCUCAAGCAGCUUAGUGCCGCCCUCCAUAGAUAUUCAAGAAAGCCCAACAAGCUCAGACACUGUUCUCGAUAGAUUCACGGUUAAAGGAAAUGCCAUAAUCACGGGAGGGGCAGGAACUUUAGCGUUACAAGGAGCUCGCGCCCUUCUCGAGCACGGUCUCAGCGGAGUAGCUCUAUUUGAUAUCAAUCCACAGCCUGAUUCUCCUUCCAUAUUUUCCUUGACAGCAGACUUUCCUCAUGCAAGAAUCCUCUUAAUAUCAGUCGAUGUCACGAACGCUGGUAACGUAAAUCAAGCAGUCCAGGAGGCAGCAAUCGCAUUAGGAAGUAUUGAUGUACUAUGCUGUUACGCUGGUGUUGUUGGAUGUGUGCACGCACUCGAGAUAAGUAUCGAGGAGUGGAGACGAACGCUGGAGAUUAAUACCACCGGGGCAUUUCUGUGUGCCCAGGCCGUUGCCAAAAAGAUGGUCGAUCAAAAUUCCGGUGGUUCAAUUGUGUUUAUUGCCUCAAUAUCCGCCCAUACCGUUAACUAUCCUCAACCUCAGGUUGCUUACAAUGUUUCUAAAUCUUCUCUACUUCACAUGAAAUCGUGUCUUGCAGCCGAGUGGUCUAGAUAUGGUAUUCGAACGAAUAGUAUCUCGCCUGGAUAUAUGGAUACUAUUCUCAACGAGGGUGGUGGAUUAGAAGAGGCAAGAAGUAUCUGGACUUCCAGAAAUCCCAUGGGUAGGAUGGGGAAGCCGGAAGAAUUGAGCGGGGCGUUAGUGUUAUUGUGUAGUAGGGCGGGGAGUUAUAUUAAUGGUAGCGAUUUGAUUGUUGAUGGUAAAUAUCACCGAGGGCAGACUGUUUUUUGA